UGGAUCUAUGGGUUUGUGACAUUCUACUAUCCCGGUUCUGCCAUCAGACUGCGGAGUGCUUCGCUUCCCUGGCAUGUUUUGUUUGGGCUCUUCGUCUACAUAUUAGCUGUGGCAACUGCAGAGUUGGGAUUCUUAGAGAAGCUUACUUUCCUCCAAAAUGGCGGCCUUGCAAAAUACGGUUCUGAAGCCUUCUUAGUCAACUUCACAGCUCUAGUUGUCAUUUUGCUUGGAGCUUCUGUAGUGAUUUCUGCUGUUGCUCCAGCCAAAGUUGAUGAACGGAAAGGCUAUGUACCCAUAGAAUAUAACUGA